AUGCCACAUCUACGUAAAAGAGCUCAAAAGGCCCGCGUGGUGGAUAUCAGCGACUCAUCAAGCCAGGCAUCCGAAGACAACAGCCCCCCAGCCAAGAUCGACCCCAAAGCCAACAGAGUCCGUCUACAUUACGCUGCUGAGAACCCAGACAGACCUAACGCGGGGAUAAAUGGGAGGUAUGGCAUGUUUUCGCAGGUCGAUCCUCUUCUUCCACCGCCUGCGACUCCGAGCAAGACGGCAGCGAAGCGCAAGAGAGCGACGAUGGACAAGACGGGUGAUAAAAAGAAGUCAGGGUUGAAAGAUACGUCAAGAGAGCGAGAUCAGAGUCCAUUGUUUGAGCCGGAGCAUGCUCGACAGGAAGAUGCAGACAUGUCUAUGCUCAGUCCGCCUUCGACGCCAUCGGCCAACGUGCGCUUGCCAACCCGCAAGAAGGGAAAGCUUACCGAUUUUUCCACCUUUGCUCCCGGCCGCCGCGGACAGAGGCCUAUCGUCAUCGAAAGCGGAUCUUCAAGUUCAGACUCCGAUUCGGACGCAAAUUCCAACAUCGUGGUAGCCACACAAGAUAACCUCACGAUCAAGGCCACCAAAGAGCUCAUCGCCACUUCCGUCCUGCCUGGCGAUGUCUCACUCGUCGAUGAUUACAUCGGCCUACUCAAGGAUAUAGCGGCUUACUCUUCCGAGACCGCUAAGCAUGACCGUAUUAUUGAAACACUCUCCGAAGAAGAAGCCACCGUAUCCCUCGCCCUCGAAAGGCUUGCCGACAAAGAGGAACAGGAGUAUGCCGGCAUUGCACAAGCAUGCGCUCGGGGAAUACGGAACGACAUGACAGGCCUGAUUAUAGCCGCUGAUAUGUCUGCUAUCCAUGCUGCCGUUGAGAAGCGCAACAAAGAAGCGGAGGUGGCUCGUCAAGCUGUACCGGAGGUGAUGGCGGAGAGGAAGGAAGAGCUAGAGGCGCAAGCGUCGGAACUACGUCACAAGCGAGAGGCUUUGGAAGGGGAGAGGACAGACUCAGAAUUUGAGAAGUUGCAUGAGAAGAAGUCGGAGUUGGAGAAUCGGGGUGGCAUGGCCAUGGCACUUGAAUUGGGCAAGAGGUUGGCGAAAUAGGAAG